CGUCGCUCCUCGCUCGGCACAGUCUACUGUUGCCGCUCCGCCGCGAAAAGUCAGCGCGCGCCGCGGCGCCAAUUUUUUCGAAGCCUUACCACCAUUGCGCCGAUAAAAAAGGCAAGACGAAAAAGGGAAGAGCGUGCAAGCAGAUUGAACAAAGCACAAGUGCUCAAAUGAAUAAUACUACUAGGCCUGACGCCUCGCGAUAAAUGUGCCUGCAGACGAAGACGAUGAGGCUGCUGCUCUUCGGGACACUCCUCGCGCUCAGCCUCUGCCAGGUGUCGGUGGUUAGCCUGACGGCAGACGAGAUCGAGGCCGAGAGGAGCGGCUGGAACGUCAAUCCGGAGACGCAGUACCACGUGCAGACGGACGAGGGGCCCGAGAGAUACUUUCGCUUCCAGACUCUGAACGGCCAGUACAGGAAGGAGAAGCGACUCGAGGAUGGCACUGUCAUCGGCACCGAGGGCUGGCUCGAUCCGCUCGGUUACCUCAGGAUCAAGGACUACAUCGCCGACGCCAAGGGCUUUCGCAUACUCAAAUCCAAAAUGAUAUUCGUGGGCAAAGAUCGGCCGAUCUCCGACGCGGUCUCGAUAUCGAAGAGCGCACCAGCGUCCGGCGGAGCGUUGGCGCGACCCGUCAGGCCACCGAAUCCCUUCAGGCAGCCGGAGCUGAAGGACGUGUCGAGUAACAGCAUCGAAGCCAAUAGCGUGACGUCGUCGCGGCACAGGAGCUACGUCUCGUCCACGCCUUUACCGCCCUCGUCUUCUUCCUGUAUUGGGUUACGGCCGAUCGCGGUGACGACUUUGCGACCAAGACCCUUCUCCCUCACGACUUCAUCGCCUUCGGGCGAUGGAUAUAAAUACGAACAACCAAACGGCAACUACCUCCCGUCGAUCAAUUACAAGUCUUAUCGAAAACCUGCCUUGCUGGUGGAGCCGCCAUACCUCGAGCAGGAUCAAAAUCAUUUGGGCAGUCAUAGUACGAGCGUUCGAGUCACCCCACGAACGGUAUUCAGGGGCUACAGGCGCUGGAACGGCACAACAAGCAGUACGACGAGUCCGUCGUCGAGCACAGUGCGCGUCGUCGCCCGGCGGCGCUCCUCGCAGCAGCAGCGCACCGCCUCUGCGUCGAGCGGUUACAAGGAGUACAAGUUCCCGUCGUACGACGGCACGUCCCGGACCGGCGACAACGGAUUCCAGUACUACCUGAAAAAGCAGUAUCACGAAGAGGAGCGCGCGCGACCCGACAAGGCUGUCGGCUCGUUUGGCUACGUCGACCCGUUCGGCAUCCGCCGAGUGGUCUACUACAAGGCCGACGGCGCGAACGGGUUCGUUCAUCGCAAGAACAAUCGAUACGUCGGGCACGAGGCCAGCCCUUACGACCCGGUACCCGUGGCUCAGGAGCACGCCAUGCACUGAGACGAAUCACUUGCCAUGCCGUAGUUAUUGUUUUUCUUCUCUUAUGCCCCGGAUAAACAUAGUCAUUAAUUGUAUACACCGAUGUGCGCGCGUGCACGCGUCGGAGUUGUUCAACUCCCGAGCAACGAGUUUCUCCUAUUUAUUUUAGGCGCGCGCGCGCGACGGUUGUUUCUGCAUAGGCAGAACAAUGAGAGCGGACUCGUUUUCACCUCGCCGACCGUAAAUUUCUUCGCGCAUGGCGUCUACUUUGCCUUAUCGGUCGAUACCGACUAUUGACAAGACGAAGGAUUCCUUUUUUUCUUUCGGUUCAGCGGAUUUGGUUCGGUGGAUUCGGUACUUUCCCAUUAUCAGGCGGAAGACAAUGGAUGAUGUGGAGGUUCAGAAGCGAGCUAGACUGUGGAAUUUCUAUCGCAUUUCUUGGAAGGCCGGAUUCCCAGUCAAAACUUCAUUGCAAGUGUUGACAAAUUUUUGGUUGACUGUUGAAAAUAUUAUGUCUAGAAAUUAUUGAUCAUCUUUUUGACCUGUACAACGAGCAGAAAAUGUUAAACUUUUGUACAUUUGUCAUCUUUAGAAUUUAAAUAAUUCUUACCGAAUCUGAUGUAUUAUCUUCUUCCGUCUUUUAAUAACUGUGGCAAUGAGAUUUGCAUCUUUUCUCACAUGGAUACGUAUAGACAAUUUCCAUUUAUAUAACUUGAGCCUUAAUUGCAGAUGAAAAAGUUAUACAUAUUUACAAAAUUUAAGUUUCAAAAUUUAUUGUCUAUUUGAAAACCGUUUUUAUUCAGUCUAAGUGAAGCCUCGUUAAAUAAAAGAUAACCGAAAAAAAACUAUACAUCCGUUCGCAAGUCAAAAAAAUGGUCAGAAUCAAUAUAUACCAUCACUUUGAUCCAGUAAAACAACAGUGUGAAAUUUUUCCUUGAAAUCCAAAAUCAGUAUACUUCUAAAAGCUCUUCAAACACUUCUGAUCCUUGACGUCAACGAUUAAACACCAAAGUCACCAUCGUGACAUUUUUGACAUUGGUAUCGCUGUAUAAGCCGUCAUUCGUUCGGCCAAACACGUAUAACAGAAGCUGCCGGGGCAUACGAGCGUGGGAAGUCCGUGUGGGCUCAUCACAAACGCAUACGUCAGCUUCUCUCUUUUCUCGCGGACGCGCACGCACUCACCGUCUCUUUUACUUAACUUUCUUUUUUAAUCGCGACUCAACCACAUAAUGUGCGUCGCGCAUCGGAUCCGUUCCGUAAGAGUGCCAAAUUCGGGGAUUACAUAAGUACAAUAAUGGCUCCUUCGUGUUCUCUUUUUUACCUUUUUUAUUUCGCUGCGAAUGGAUGAUGCGUGUGCCUGAGUUUGCAAGUGUGUAUCUUGUUGGAGUAAUCUCCCAUCUGUUGCAAUAUGCUAAUAUCGGAUUGCGACGCAUUGCGCCGUCGACUUAGAAUGACUAUCGCGCUUAUUGUUAUUCUCGAAGGAAAAGCUUUGUAAAUGUAUUUCCGUCUUCUUUUUAAUUAGUCAAAAACUGCGAAUCAAAAGAACAUGUACUCUUAGCAAAUGGAAUUCGGUGUUUUUUUUAUCAAACGUUAGUCGAACUAAGGUAUACGUGUACAAUUUUUCAUAUUUGAAUCGAAAGGAAAAUAGAUCAUUUACGUCUGAUUGUUGAUUUUCAACAGAUGGCAGAAUACACGUUAUUUACGAAAUAACAAUGCAUUCUAUAUGUACACCACGUGAAAACUAUAUAAAUUAUUUGAGCGUCGAACCAAUUACGUUUUUUCGCAAGCAAUAAGUGAGAGUUUAUCCAUAACAGCAUCGGAAACUUUGAAUGUUAAUCAAAAUUACCUAGCCUAUGUUAUUAACGACGAAAAAGCUACAAAGUGAAAAUAGACUGGGAGAAAAAACAAGAAGAGAGAGAACAACGGCCUCAGCCUGAUGAAACUUAAUGUAGCGGACCGCGAGUGCAAGUGGCGUGAAGUGUUUUUACUCGGCGGGCGGCAUAUAAGCAAAGCUGGUUUACUCAAACUGCAUGGCCGUUAAUUCUUUUCCAUGUGGACUCGCGCAGACCAAGCCAGUUACGCUUCGAGGUGAAUAAAAGAAAAUGGAUUUUAAUAUCUUCGAGAGAGUGUAACCGCCUUUUGCAAUGCAGACGCAUCUAUCGUGCACUCCUCAGUAGUUGAAUUUUCACACCGUGGGGACGAGACAGGCGAGCUCUCGAUGGAACGAUUCGCGGGGAAAAGCCGAAUGAACGAGCCAUAAAAAAUGCGCAUUGCCUCUUUCGAGCGAGCCUUUUGAAGUAAAAAUAAAGUGCUCGCCGAUUAUUGCUAGUUUGUAGUGCUUAGUUUAAUUAACGCAGCGUCGACUUACUCACUAUAAGAUAAAAAAAGAAUACGACAAACGCGCGUUUUCUUCUGAAUGUACUCUCCUUCCUAGUACUUUAAGCAACGGGAAACGUUUGUCACAGUCUUGACGAUCAAAGUGCAUUUGCGUUUUGUUGGAUUUCGCUUUUUUAUUACCGAAAUUUGGGGACUGCUUAUCAUAUCUGCCCGCCUCACUAUUCCGGAACUGUAAAUGGUACUUAUGGUGAACUAACGGUUUCUUUUGACUACAAAUGCAUUCUGGUCACGCGACUGUACUACUUGGCGUCCCAACUUGUAAAUAUGAACUCUGUGUAUUUCAGAAUAAUAAAACUACGAAC